UUGCGCUUAGUUACCACGACCUUCCUGAAUUUCGUUAUUCUUUUCCAUUAAGAAUCUUUUAACAUAAUUUUGACUAUUUUGCUUCAUUUUAGAUAGUUUUUUUUAUACAAAAAUCAUGAGUUUACGUAAUAUAUUACGUUUAAACACAUUCAAAACCUCGUUUUUACAAGCCCGCUUAGCUUCUUGCUGGUCUUGCGGUCAGGAUAUCAAGAAAUUGGUUGCAAAUCUCUUCUGUUCCAACUGUAAUGUUCUUCAGAAGCCAGAAAAUCAUGAGAACUAUUUUAAAAUCAUGGGAGUCAGUGAAACAUUUGAUUUGGAUGAGGCCGAACUAGCUAAGAAAUAUAAAGAAUUGCAGAAAUAUUUGCACCCUGAUAAGUUUGCUAACAGGAACAAAGAAGAGCUGGAAAUAUCAGAAAUGUAUUCGUCUUUAGUCAAUGAAGCUUACAAAACUCUGUUAGAGCCCUUACAGAGAGGUAUUUACAUGCUUCGUCUUCGUGGUAAGGAGAUACCAGAAAAAACUGAAGUAGAUAAAGCAUUUCUCAUGACGAUUAUGGAGAAGAAUGAAGAAGUGGAGAGUGCUGAAACGGAACAAGAAAUAAUGAAGUUAAAUGAAGAAAACAAAAUGAAAAUUAAGGAAUUGCAGAAAAGAGUCUCUAUGGCUUUUUUUGAUGGAGAUAUGAAGAAUGUUAUAAAAUUGUUAGGUAUUAUGAAAUAUUACACAAGCAUUGAUAGUCAAAUCCAAAGUGUGAUACGUAGUAAAGGGAUUAUUCGAUAAGUAUAUUAAUACUAUAGCCUUGAUUAGUGUUUUAUUUUAUUUUUCUUUGGUAAUUAAUCAAUAAAAAUAAAAUCCUUUUAUUUUAAACAACUUAAAAAAUCUGUUAAGUUAGUACCUAUGCAUAAUGUUUUAUGUUAAGUUUUGUUUGAAAUAUAAAAUUCAAAGAUUUGUUACUAGAUUUAUAGUUAUCUAUAAAAUAAAAAUAAAAU